GUCUGCGAAGUUCAGAAUGAGACCGAAAUGGUCUGCCAAGCUCCAGCAUUAACCGUUGACCCUAAUAACCAGUCUGAUCUCACGGAACGGCCAGAUGAGUUUGGCUUCAUCUUGGACAACGUCUACUCCUUGCUGAUCCUCAAUAAGACCAACUUCACCUAUUAUCCAAACCCUGUCUUUGAGGCUUUCAGUCCCCCCGGGAUUUUGGAACUGAAACCAGGAACCCCUGUGAUAUUGAAGGUCUGCGAAGUUCAGAAUGAGACCGAAAUGGUCUGCCAAGCUCCAGCAUUAACCGUUGACCCUAAUAACCAGUCUGAUCUCACGGAACGGCCAGAUGAGUUUGGCUUCAUCUUGGACAACGUCUACUCCUUGCUGAUCCUCAAUAAGACCAACUUCACCUAUUAUCCAAACCCUGUCUUUGAGGCUUUCAGUCCCCCCGGGAUUUUGGAACUGAAACCAGGAACCCCUGUGAUAUUGAAGGGGAAGAACCUAACCCCACCGGUAGCAGGAGGAAAUGCAAAGCUGAAUUACACAGUGCUGAUUGGGGAGAAGCCCUGCGUGGUCACCGUCUCAGAUGUGCAACUGUUGUGUGAAUCCCCAAAUCUUACAGGACGACAUAAAGUCACGGCUCGUGUAGGAGGCAUGGAAUUCUCCCCAGGCAUGGUGAACAUCUCCUCCGACAGCCCGCUCAGCCUGCCUGCAAUUGUCAGCAUUGCUGUGGCUGGGGGACUCCUCAUCAUUUUCAUCGUGGCCGUCCUGAUUGCCUACAAGCGAAAGUCUCGGGAAAGUGAUCUCACUCUGAAGAGGCUGCAGAUGCAGAUGGACAAUCUGGAAUCUAGGGUGGCUUUGGAGUGCAAAGAAGCUUUUGCAGAGCUGCAGACAGAUAUCCAUGAGUUGACAAGUGAUUUGGAUGGAGCAGGAAUACCAUUUCUGGACUACCGGACAUAUACAAUGAGAGUCCUUUUUCCUGGCAUUGAAGAUCAUCCAGUACUAAGGGAUCUGGAGGUUCCUGGAUAUCGGCAAGAACGAGUAGAGAAAGGCCUCAAGCUUUUUGCCCAGCUCAUCAACAACAAGGCCUUCCUUCUCUCCUUCAUCCGCACCCUGGAGUCUCAGCGCAGCUUUUCCAUGCGAGACCGUGGCAACGUGGCGUCCCUCAUUAUGACCGUGCUGCAGAGCAAGCUAGAGUACGCCACUGAUGUCCUCAAGCAACUCCUUGCCGACCUCAUCGACAAGAACCUGGAAAGCAAAAAUCACCCCAAGUUAUUACUUCGGAGGACUGAAUCUGUGGCUGAGAAGAUGCUAACCAACUGGUUCACGUUUCUUCUUUAUAAAUUUCUCAAGGAAUGCGCUGGCGAGCCUCUCUUUUCCCUGUUCUGUGCCAUCAAGCAGCAGAUGGAGAAGGGCCCCAUUGAUGCCAUCACGGGGGAAGCCCGCUAUUCCUUAAGCGAAGACAAGCUCAUCCGGCAGCAGAUUGACUAUAAGACGCUGGUCCUGAGUUGCGUGAAUCCUGAUAAUGUGAACAGCCCUGAGAUUCCAGUGAAGAUCUUGAACUGUGACACCAUCACACAAGUGAAGGAGAAGUUUCUUGAUGCCAUCUUCAAGAAUGUGCCUUGUUCUCAUCGGCCCAAAGCUGCAGACAUGGAUCUUGAAUGGCGGCAGGCAAGUGGGGCCAGGAUGAUCCUUCAAGAUGAGGAUCUCACCACCAAGAUUGAGAAUGACUGGAAGAGGCUUAAUACUCUUGCCCAUUAUCAGGUGCCAGAUGGAUCUCUGGUGGCUCUGGUGUCCAAGCAAGUUACUGCUUACAAUGCAGUCAACAAUUUCACCGUCUCGAGGACUUCAGCAAGCAAGUAUGAAAACAUGAUCCGCUACACUGGAAGCCCAGACAGCUUGCGCUCCCGGACGCCCAUGAUUACGCCUGACCUAGAAAGUGGGGUCAAGAUGUGGCAUUUAGUGAAGAACCAUGAACAUGGUGACCAGAAAGAGGGGGACCGAGGGAGCAAGAUGGUGUCCGAAAUCUAUCUAACAAGGCUGUUAGCCACCAAGGGCACUUUACAGAAGUUUGUCGACGACCUCUUUGAGACAAUCUUCAGCACGGCACAUCGUGGCAGUGCACUCCCCCUGGCCAUCAAAUACAUGUUUGACUUCUUGGACGAGCAAGCAGAUAAGCACAACAUCCACGACCCUCAUGUGCGGCACACCUGGAAAAGCAAUUGCUUACCAUUGAGGUUUUGGGUGAACAUGAUCAAAAACCCACAGUUCGUCUUUGACAUUCACAAGAACAGCAUCACAGAUGCCUGCUUAUCGGUGGUAGCACAAACCUUCAUGGAUUCCUGUUCAACCUCAGAGCACCGUUUGGGCAAAGAUUCCCCAUCCAAUAAGCUGCUUUAUGCCAAGGACAUCCCCAGCUACAAGAACUGGGUGGAAAG